AGGGAGGGAGGGAAGGAGGACGGAGGUCCUAUCCAUGGCCUUCCAUGACACAUGGGCUGAUCUGUGAUCCAAUAUAACAGGUCCCCUCUUCACAUUCGUCGACGUCGAUGCCCUGAUCGAGGUUUUCCCCUCCCCCUCUCCUGAUUUAUCCGGCAUCAUCUCUUCAUAGACCGUGGCUCCCUGGCGGCGCCCUCAGUGCUCCCAUCCAGCAAUAUUGAAAGUCAUCUCUCACUUCACGUUUCUUUUCCAUGAAUUUGUCAAUAGCGUUUAGUCCGUGUCCCGCCACUUGAAUUACUCCCGGGCCGACAACCUACCUAUCCUCAAAACACAACCCACAAUAUUCACACUUGUUCAAACCCACAUCUGAGGCCACCCACAAAUCGUCAUCGCAAGCUAGCGCACCAGCCCUUCACACACACAAAGACACAUUUCGAUUUAUUCGGCGCCUUCACGACAUGCAAGCAUCAUGGCGACCAACCCACAAGCAUUUUACUGCCUGUGGCAAAACGACAGCAUCCGCGAGAGACUCUUCGAGCUCCUGCCGAAGGAGGACAUCUGCGCGGUUAGACUGGCCAACUCGGCCUGUUGCAAUCUGGUCACCAAGAGGCUAUUUCUACGAACCAACCUAACCUUUUCGGCAAACAGCCUGACCAAGGCCAGCCGGAUAGACGCCCUGUCUAGGAUCGGGCAUCACAUCGAGCACCUCACCUUUUCCUUCCCCCAUUCCAACGCCACCUUCCUGCCUCCCCUGGUUCACCCCCAGACUGGUGAGGUGAUAUGCUUUCUCUACAACCCUCACACGUCCGCCGAGUCCGGCGCGACGAGGCCCAAAUACGGCAACUCGGAGCUGGGCGAGAUCUUGACGCAGCAAUAUCCGCCUCUCUUCCACGCCGCCACCCACGUGCCCUCCUUCAUCAAUGCCAUGAAGCACAUGACCAACAUGCGGCACCUCACCAUCAAGACACCUGGGCAGAAUCCCGCGGAGCGGUACCGCCGGGACAUUGUGGACUAUGCGCUGAUGAGCUUGCGCAUCGCACUCGAGCGCGCGCCACUUACCAAACUCUCCAAGCUCACUCUGUCGGGGGUGCACGCAUCCGCCUUCAGCUACCUCCGCCACGCUCCGGGAUUCGGCGCGCUGCCUUCUGCCUCGGUGCGAUGGCGCCAGAUUCGGAAACUUUAUAUCUCGGUCGAAUCCUGGGAUUUCUACGGCCCGUCGCCGGGGCUGGACCACCUCAACGUCAUCGACGACUACAUCCGGACCUUUGCGCCGCGGCUUGACAAGCUCUCCUUUACUUGGCUGGGACGCAGAGGGCCCUGCCCCAUUGCCCUUUCUGGGGACCCUCUUUUCGCCCCGCCACGCAGCUCGAAGAAGCUCUUCAACGAGGUCACCAGCCCCAUGUCUCCGCUGCCGCCGCGGCCCUUCCGCAGGCCGCUCCUCAUGCCGCGGCUCCGGUCCAUGUCGGUGCGCAACGCGACGAUGAACGUCGAUCAGCUGCGCGGCCUCGUCUCAAGCCACAAGGACACGGUGCGCGAGUUCGAUUUCGAGAACGUGGCGCUCAUCAAGGGCGGCAGCUGGGACGAGGCGCUCGCUCCGCUGACCGAGGGCGAGACCAGCGAUUCGUGGUCGCGCCGAUCGGUAGGUGCCAGUGACUGCAGACCGGGGACGUCAAGGUCAAACUCGUCCGGAUCCGCAGUCGCGAGCUCGGUGGAAGACGAGCAUCUCCCGGCGUCGUCGGCAGCUGCGACGGCGGCCAGCCGGGAGCUAUUCGAAGUCGAUUUGGAAGGCAUGGUGUUCGGUGGUGCCAACGACGUCGACAAUUUCGAGGUGGGCGUUGAGGAGUGGGCGCGGGGGGUCACUGCCGCCGCCCACGGAGCCUCGCGCCCUAAUUCGGCCGGAGGGAGACAGGGAACCUCACGGCCCAACUCCGCUAGCGGGAAGACAGAAGAUGAUGGCGGCUUGGCUUCGGAUAUCGAGGCGGCAAGAGAGGCAAGCCAAGGGUUCACCACGAAGCUCAAGAAACGUCGCAUGCGCAGGAGAUCGCGCAAGCAUGACGAGGAAGACGAAGUUCAUGAACACGAAUAUGAGCGCAGGAGUGAGGACCGGAGGAGCGAGGACCGGAAGAUUGAGGACCGGAAGAGUGAGGACCGAAGGAGUGAGGACCGGAGGAGUGAGCGUCGCAGCGACGGCCAUCGCCACCACAGCAGCCGGAGCCACCACAAACACUCUCGCAGCGACGACACCAGCGAUCGGCAUUCUUCCAGCCGGGAUUCACCACGGCGGCACCGCCGCCAUCGCCGGCACCGCUCGGAAGAAGCGCCCGAGGCCCCCUUCAUGCCUGAAGUCAUUGGCACGGAUGACGAGUCUUACAGCCCGCCCGAGACACCGCGGCCCAAGAUGGACAUCAGUGUGCCCAUCCUAAACCCCGACCCGCUCCCUGUCAUGUUGCAGCCAACUAUCUACGACCCAUCGGCCACAUUCGGCCCAUUGCUAAGCACGCCGGAAUCCUCUCCCCGGUACGAUGACGGUCUCUCCCCCACGCAACGCUCCAUUGAGGCAGAUAUGCUUGCCGAGGCCGAGGAGGCAGCAGCACGCUCUUCGGCGCUCCAGCGAGCCAAGCAAGCCGUCAUCACAAAGCUGUCACGCGAGUUUUCCAAGCGGAAGGUCGACGGGAGCGACCCUCGCGACAAGGGCUCGGCUGCCGUCGUCGCUGGCUUGUCGACACUCAAUCUCGGUAUGAACCUGCCCGCGCAGCACUACGGCGGGAUGAGCUGCGCGUCGUCGUCAAGCGUGGGCCACCGGCUUCGCGAGGGCCUUUUUGGGCGGAGUAUGGCCAACGUGGCCAUUGCGCCUGAUCACCGAAGCCUGGAGAGCCAGAGUGCUCUGGUGCCGUUGAUGUUCAGUCGGUCUUAAGGGUGGGGGUACAAAGGGAGGGGUGUCGGUG